UUAUAUUCUUUCUUUCAAGUUCUUCUUGAAGUUCUUCCUCAAAAUUCUUAACCAGAACUAUCUCAAGAACGCCAGUAACCCCAACAUGCGUCGCUUCCAGGUGGUGAUCUCUCAGCAGGUGGACGUGGCGGGACCUCUCCUGGCCGUCUCAGACAACAUGUUCGUCCACAAUAACUCGAAGCACGGCCGACGAGCCAAGCGUCUUGACCCAACUGAGGGUAUGUUUGGACUGUACCCCCCACUUGCCAGCUACCCCUGCAUCAAGGCAUCACCGUCAGAGGGCUGGACCACGGGAGGCGCCACCGUCAUCAUUAUAGGCGAUAACUUCUUUGACGGGCUGCAGAUCGUCUUCGGCACCAUGUUGGUCUGGUUGGUGACGUCACACGCCAUCCGGGUCAGCACCCCGCGUCACAUCCCUGGGGUGGUGGAGGUGACGCUUUCCUACAAGUCCAAGCAGUUUGCAAGGGGCGCACCUGGCAGAUUCGUCUAUGUCUCGUUUGCGCCCACCAUCGACUACGGGUUCCAGCGGCUGCAGAAGUAUCCCCGGCACCCAGGCGACCCAGAGAAGCUGCCGAAGGAGAUCAUCUGGCGCGCGGCGGACCUGGCUGAGGCGCUUUACUCCAUGCCCGCAACAACCAGCUUGCCCUCCCGCCCCACGCUCCCCCGCUAUGAACCAAACCUCCGCCAUGACCGGUUUCAACACCUACAACCGGCCAGCUCGCCGUCACGUCAGGACACGGCUAACACACAGUGGGGAAGGUGA